AGGCGGCGGAAUGUGCCCAGGGCGGUAUGUCAGCACGCAACACACAGGGGUAGAGUUAACUCGACCAGACUCCCAUAUACCCCUCCGAGGACACACCUAUCCAUAGCCUACAACCCUAUUUACAACCUUGGAACGUCGACUCUAACAACGGAUAAAUCACCAGUUUACACCGGAAACAUUCAUCGUUAUACUGAUGAAAUUAUGCUGAAAACUUGGAUCAUUCUUGCAGCUGCUAGUUGUGCGGUCUCUGCAGUCUACACAUCCCGGAAGCAGAUAAACCAUGGUGAUUAUUUGAGUCUGGAUCUUCCCGAAAGGACAGAUAAAUUGGAGUUUGCUUCUGCUGAUGAGGAAACCCGUAUUACUAUCUGGAAGCAGCAGAUUAUCUCACCUAGUAAAGCCAGUAAAGGCACGGUGUACUCCUCCAGUGAUGGCUGGACCUUCCAACUCAGGCAUAUUACGUUUGAUGACGAGGGAACAUACACCCUGUUCAAUUCGUGGAAUACCAUAAUCUCCACCUACACGGUAAAGGUCAACACCAAAAGAAACAUGAUUGAAUGCAUCCCAGGUGAAACCCUCAGCAUAUCUCUGGAAGGAAUCAAACCGGUUGAUGCCACUCUUCGCUUUCACAGCAACCAUUCAGUUGUCACCCUGGUGGAGAACGGAAACCCUGUGGGUAAUGCAGACCCAAACUACAUCAACCGACUUAAAGUAACCAGUGAAAGGAUCAAGGUGCUUAAUGUCAACGUGUCAGAUGUGGGCAGAUACCAACUCACCGAUCACAAAAGUCGACUUGUGUCAAACAAUACAAUGAUAUUAGUGGAUCAACACAAUUUCACUCCAAAUAAAAGUCUUAUAGCUCUGAUUCUUCUCGGGAUUCCGGGGAGCAUCUGCUUCUGCUGCAGGAAGAGAAUCUGUAAAAGGUGUAGGAACAAUAAAUCACAAACAGAUAAUGACAACACCCUCAAUCCCCUGCCUGAGUCUGUACCAAUCUGCCAUCCAGUGACUGAUCCCUCACAGGGUUAUACGGCUGGCUAUCCCACUCUUCCAGACCAGGGUCAGAAUCACUUUCCUCCUCCAAACCAAGGUCAGACUCAAUAUCCUCCACCAGACCCAAGUCAGAUUCAGUAUCCUCCUCCACCACAAUGGAGCGGACAACCUGCUGUUCAUCCUAACCCUAGCUUUAAUCCCGAGUAUGCGCCACAGAACCCUGUUUAUCCUCCUGGACCUGUAGGACCCCCAGCCCAGCCCCCCCAGUGGAAUGUUUCUCCAAACCAGUACAACCCACCUGCACCUGUGAAUUACAAUCCACUGAUGAACAGCGCUCCAUCUGGGCCUCAACCCACAACAUACAAUAUAACAUACAAUGACUCGUCUACUGCUGCAUCACUGCUAGCACCUCAGCCCGAGUCUGAUGCACCCAGAGUUUCCGUUGAUGUCUUGAACUCCUCAGACUCAGCUGGUGUCCAUUUUGACAUUGACAAAGGGAAAUCUUCCACCAGCAAUUUCCUGUAGUUGCCUGAACUGCCUUCACUAGCCACGUAAAUGCUUGGUGUGCAAAGAAAGAAACAAAAAUACACAGAUUUGUUAAUGCAAAAUCCAAGACUUU